AUGCGGUUUUUCGUUUUGCUACUGCCUUUGAGACUCGGUCUCGCCGGCUUCCAAGACGACGCUCGCGGAAUCCAAAUCCGGCCCGACUGUCCUGUCGACCGGUGGAUGAAGGCACCGGCUCACCACAAAACGAGCCCAUCUGAUCCACAGGCCAAUCACACGCCAUCGGGACUCAGGUCCGCAAGUGGGUCGACGUGCAUCCAUCUCGAGGUUAAACAUGCACACAAUCAACUUUGCGAUGACAACAUGACAGGCAGCCUCACAAUCGGCCGGAGGGAAACAUCAACCCCCGACCGCUGA